CGACCUCUCUCCUCCUCCGCCGCUGCCGCACCCACCGGUCAACCACCACCGCCGGUGGAGGUUUCCGAGCCCUAUGUUGUGUUCCGCAAUGAAAUUCUUCUCACGGCAACUCACUGCCCCUCGCCGAAGAACGCCGCCGUAGAUUACUUCUCUCUUGACGUCGGUGCCGAUGAUGAUGAUGAGGAAGCGGCAGUUGAUUUGAUUGCUACUCCGGCGACUCCGGCACAGGUUCCGGAACCGGAGAGGACGCUUGAGGGCGGUUGGUUUCGGGCGAAUUGUCGGUUCAAGAGCCCCAUGCUUCAGCUCCACAAAGAGAUAUUGGAUUUUUGCGAAUUUCUCUCACCGACUCCAGAAGAGCAAGCAUCACGAAAUGCUGCAGUAGAAUGUGUCUUUGAUGUUGUCCGAUAUAUUUGGCCCAACAGCAAGGUAGAGGUUUUUGGUUCGUUCAAGACUGGGCUUUAUCUUCCAACUAGUGAUAUUGAUGUUGUGAUUCUGGGGUCAGAUAUUAAAACUCCACAAAUUGGUUUGCAAGCCCUUGCUAGGGCCCUAUCUCAAAGAGGCAUCGCAAAGAAGAUACAGGUUAUUGCUAAGGCACGUGUGCCAAUCGUCAAAUUUGUAGAGAAGAGAAGUGGCGUUGCAUUUGAUAUAAGUUUUGAUUUGCAAAACGGACCAAAAGCUGCUGAGUUCAUAAAGAAUGCUGUAUCUAAGAUGCCCCCAUUACGGCCAUUGUGUUUGAUCUUAAAAGUUUUUCUGCAGCAAAGAGAGUUAAAUGAGGUGUAUACUGGUGGAAUUGGUUCUUAUGCACUCCUUGCAAUGCUCAUAGCAAUGUUGCGGAGCCUCAGUGAGCAGCAAGCUUAUCCAGAACAUAACUUGGGAAUCCUUUUGGUUAAUUUUUUCGAUAUUUAUGGACGCAAAUUGAACACAUCCGACAUUGGUGUGUCUUGCAAUGGGGAAGGAACCUUCUUCUUGAAGAGUAGCAGAGGGUUUACUGUUAAAGGAAGACCAUUUCUUCUUUCCAUUGAGGACCCACAGGCACCAGAAAAUGACAUAGGGAAGAAUUCGUUUAGCUAUUUCCAGGUUCGAUCAGCUUUUGCCAUGGCUUUUUCGACACUGACAAAUACAAAGACCAUCUUGAGCCUAGGCCCCAACAGGAGUAUUCUGGGUACCAUAAUAAGACCUGACCCAGUACUAUUAGAACGAAAAGGAGGGUCUACCGGGGAAAUGACAUUUAAUAACUUGCUACCCGGAGCAGGAGAGCCAUUGGAGAUCCAUAAUGGUUAUCCACAGGAACUUUGCUGUAAUUGGCGGUUAGAUGACGAGGAAGAACCGCUGCCCAGAGGAAAUGGAAUUGUCGAGUAUGCUAGUAUGCCUUCUUCCUCUGGAAAGAAGCGGAAGUCAUCAUCUAAGGAGGAGAAGCGUUCUAAGAAGGCGAAAGAAAAUGGUGAGACAGGGAAAGUCAAGCACGAAGAAAGUGGGUCGGUGAAAGAGAAGGGUAAAAAGAAGCAACGGUGGAGACAUUAUCAAGAUGGAAGUCAUAGUAGUAAUGGUUUCAAUCGUUAUGGUGGAGGUUCACCAUGGAAUCGUACCUCUUAAUUCUUCAUCAGCACUAAAUUUAUGCCAUGUAUUGAGGUUGCCCCCAGUCAUCGCAACACAAUGGUCUCGGGAUUGUUGCUUCCUUGGCUUAAAAUUUUUAUUGCUAGAACUAUUUGGAGCAUCUAAUUGUCUUUGGCGUUGAGAGAGGAUAUCUUUGAAGCAGCAGUUGAAGUAUUUAUUUCUUUAAAAUUUUGAUGGUGUUUACUAACUACGCUUAGCAACCGAGGGAGAUUGCUGCAGCGGUUGUCCUUGGCAAAUGGUUGUAGAUUAGUUAUUUAUUGGUUACAUUAAGAAUGAUAAUUUUUUUUUU